AAGAUAUUUGUUUGUUUUGGCUCUAUAUUAACUUGCCAAUUACUUCCUUCGCAAGAAAACCCUCAGCAGCACAGGGGGUAUGGCUUUAUUGAGUUUGCUUCCCCAGCAGCAGCAAAAUUAGCCAUUGAUACCAUGAAUGGAUUCGAGGUCGUAGGCAAACAGCUGAAGGUGAAUUAUGCAACGGCAUUAAGGAGUGCUGCAGUUGCUGGCAGCUUGGGUGUGGGUAUGGGUGCACAAAUGGCUCCUCUUGUAGCAGCAAAUGCAGCAGCAGCAGCAGCUGCUGCUGCUGCUGCUGACGGCGCUGCGGCGGCUGCGCUGCAAGGCGCCACAGGAGCAAACAAAACACCGCUAGGCACCCAGCAGCCACAGGCAGGAACUCCUGCCGGUGCGCAGCAGCAGCCAGACCAGCAGCAGCAGCAGCAAAGCGGGGGAGGUGAUGCAGCCGCUGGAGGUGCAGCAGCAGCCGCACCAGCAGCAGCAGCAGCACCUGCAGCAGCAGCACCACCAUUCCCUGAGAAGCCAACAGGCGAGCCAGGCAGCAGCAGCGUCUUGCUGCUGCUAAAUACAGUCUCUGCUGAAGAAGUGGACGAUGACUUAAAGGAAGAAAUGCGGGAGGAGUGCCGUCGCUUUGGCGAAGUUUUAGCUGUAAGAGUAGAAAUUAUUGAUGGGGACGGUAAGGCAGGGUCUUUUGAGGGAGACAAUUUAGAUGAAAAAAUAGGACAGCAGCAGCAGCAGCAGCAAGAUGGAGGGGACGGAGAAGACAGGGAGGGGACAGAAGAAGCAGCACCAGCAGAUAUUGGCAUGAAGAGAGAUAAUGUUUAUAAAUAA